GAGAAAAAAAGGAAAAAUAUCGAAUAUUUGUUGUUUUUUUUUUAUAAAUUUUAUCCUAAUUAUUUUACACAAUAGUCAUAAAGAGAAUAGAAAACAAGAUUUCGGUUAAACGUAGACUUAAUAAAUGUCUUUUUUAUACUUUUGCUACGUAUCUGCUGAAGGACGGAAAUAAAAAUUAUUAUCGCAACUGCAUAAAUACAGUGACAACUACUUCAUUUCCGGCUAAGCGAAAAGAACUUCAUCAUAAUUGUUAUUUAUUAAACGAAAAUCGUAUAAAAGUUAAAAUGGUUCAUACAACGAUCUACGAUGAAGCACCAAAGCUGAAGGCUAAAGAAGUUCCACAAAACAUGGCUGCCGAAGCUGAAACUCACUUGGAUCAUAUCUGCCGCUUGCAGUUCGAUUCCGCAGUGCCACAUGUACGCCUCUCCGGCAUUGUCUGCACCAUUGGACCAGCCUCCCGCAGCGUUGAAAUGUUGGAGAAAAUGAUGGCAACCGGCAUGAACAUUGCACGCAUGAACUUCUCUCACGGUUCCCAUGAAUACCAUGCCGAAACUGUGGCCAAUGUACGUACUGCCGCUAAGAACUACUCGGCAAAAAUUGGUUACGAAUACCCCAUUGCCAUCGCUUUGGAUACUAAAGGACCUGAAAUCCGUACUGGUCUAAUUGAGGGUAGCGGUACUGGUGAGGUUGAAUUGAAGCGUAAUGAAUUAAUUAAACUCUCAACCGAUCCGGCUUACCUUGAGAAGGGCAACAAAGACACAAUCUUCGUUGAUUAUGCCAACAUCGUUAAAGUAGUACAACCAGGCAAUCGUGUAUUCGUCGAUGAUGGUCUCAUCUCGUUGAUUGUUAAGGAAGUACAAAGCAACGCCUUGGUUUGUCUCAUUGAAAACGGUGGCGCUUUGGGCUCACGCAAAGGUGUUAAUUUGCCCGGUGUACCUGUCGAUUUGCCAGCUGUAUCUGAGAAAGACAAAUCGGAUUUGAAAUUCGGUGUGGAACAGAAGGUCGAUAUGGUUUUCGCUUCGUUCAUUCGUAAUGCCGCUGCACUCACUGAACUCCGUGGCGUUUUGGGUGAAGAGGGUAAGAGCAUCAAGAUCAUUUCGAAGAUCGAAAAUCAGCAAGGCAUGCACAACUUGGAUGAAAUCAUUGAGGCUUCUGAUGGUAUUAUGGUAGCACGUGGUGAUUUGGGUAUUGAAAUUCCACCAGAGAAGGUAUUCUUGGCACAGAAGGCGAUGAUUGCACGUUGCAACAAGGCCGGUAAACCCGUCAUUUGUGCCACACAAAUGUUGGAGUCUAUGGUGAAGAAACCACGCCCAACACGUGCCGAAAUCUCCGAUGUUGCUAAUGCUAUUCUCGACGGCGCUGACUGUGUCAUGUUGUCCGGUGAGACCGCUAAGGGUGAAUACCCACUCGAAUGUGUAUUGACAAUGGCCAAGACAUGCAAGGAAGCUGAAGCCGCUUUGUGGCACAGAAAUUUGUUUGCCGACUUAGUACGCGCCACCCCCACCUCAACCCUGGAUUCACCUCAUGCUGUGGCCAUUGCUGCUGUUGAGGCUGCCUCCAAGGCCUUAGCUUCCGCCAUUGUGGUCAUCACGACUUCAGGAAAGUCAGCUCAUUUGAUCAGCAAAUAUCGUCCACGUUGCCCCAUCCUAGCAGUCACCCGUUUCCCACAAACUGCUAGACAAGCGCAUUUAUACCGCGGCAUCAUCCCACUGAUCUACACCGAACCGGCACAACCUGACUGGCUGAAGGAUGUCGAUGCUCGUGUACAAUUCGGCGUGCAAGUGGGCAAAAAGAACAAUUUCCUCAAGUCUGGUGAUGCUGUUGUCAUUGUUACUGGCUGGAAGCAAGGCUCUGGUUUCACAAACACCAUGCGUAUUGUGUGCGUAAAAGAAUUAAUAAUCAAGAGUGUGAAUGAUAGAAAUAAGAAGUGUGAAAACGAUAGUGUUGUUUGAAGAAUGACUCCUGAAUGAAGUUUUAAUGUUGAUUACAUUGAUUAAACAUGCAACACCGUUGUAAUGCUACCUCGGACUCGUUAAGUAUAAAUAUGUAUGUAGAAGAAUACAAUAAGAAGCGCUCAAGGGUAAGCGCACAACUUCAUCCUGUUGCAGUGAAAUAAACUCAAAUAAACGUAUUAAACAAUGAAAAAUAGAACAAGAAAAAUCUACCAUUCAAACGAUGGUCUGCAUAAAAUAAAUAAUUCAUUUAAAAUUCAUUUAAAAUUCAUUAAAAUGCUAAUGUAAAUGUUGGUAUUAAUCCCCUGCACUAGUGAGGAGGAAUAUUAAAUGUUAUGAAUUACAAAUUUUAAUAAAAAUGUAUAU